UUGCUCUGCAUUUGGCAUUCCCCUUCAUUCUCUCCUUUGAUUUCCAAAGAAGAAAACAUGGCUGAGAUUGCAACAAUUUUUCUCUCUCCCUUUCUCCAACAGUUUUUCGAAAGAUUGGCAUCUGGGAAGUUCAUUGACUUCUUUCAGCAACGAAAACUCUCCCAUGGACUCCUAAAGAAGUUGAAGACAACAUUCCUUACCCUCAACGCAGCGUUUGAAGAUGCGGAGGAGUUGCAAGUCAUGAAGCCUGCUGUGAAAGAGUGGCUUGAUGAGCUGAAAGAUGCAAUAUAUGAUGCAGAGGACAUCUUGGAUGAGAUUGCUACUGAAGCCUUGCCAAGCGAGUUGGAUGCUGAAUUUCAAACCACUGCAAGCAAGGUACGAAAGUUGCCCAUCUCUGCUUUUCGUAAUUCUCUUGUCCAACAAAUAGAGCCAAAGAUAAAAGAGAUACUUGGCAGACUAGAAUCUCUAGCACAACAAAAGGAUCUUAUAGGUCUGAAAGAAGGUGUUAGACGUAAGUCAUCUGAAAGAUUGCCCACAACUUCUUUAGUUGAAGAAUCUGAUAUUUGUGGUAGGAAUGAUGAAAAGGAAGCAAUCAUUAAAAUGUUGCUCUCAGAUGAUAUAAGCAGCAAUGAGAUGUGUGUAAUUGUCAUAGUCGGCAUGGGGGGAAUUGGCAAGACCACCCUUGCUCAAUCUGUAUACAAAAACGACAAGGUGAAUGAGCACUUUAACAUUGAUGCAUGGGUUUACGUUUCAGAAGAAUUUGACGUGUUCAAGGUAACGAAAAUAAUUUUGGAGGUAGUAACUUUGUCACCUUUUGAUGUUACUGAUCUAAAUCAGCUUCAACUUAAACUAAAAGAGUGUUUAGUGGGGAAGAAGUUUCUACUUGUAUUAGAUGAUGUUUGGAAUGAAAAUUAUGUUCACUGGGAAGUCCUAAGCAAACCUUUUAAAUUUGGAGCGCAAGGAAGUAAGGUCAUCGUAACAACACGCAAUCGUUCUGUUGCAUCAGUUAUGCGUGCUAGUUCAACUCAUCCUCUAAAGGAGUUACCAGAAGAAGAUUGUUGGUCAUUAUUUGCAAAACAUGCAUUCCAUGAUGGCAACUCUAAUGCACAUGGAGAGUUAGAAGUAAUAGGUAGAAAAAUCAUCGAAAAGUGCGGAGGCCUUCCAUUAGCAGUCAAGACAAUUUGUGCUUUAUUAAGAUCUAAACCAGAUGUUGAUGAAUGGGAAAAGAUAUUGAAGAGUGAAUUAUGGGAUUUGCCAAUUGAUGAGAUGAACAUUCUUCCUGCUCUAAGAUUAAGCUACAAAUAUCUCCCAUCACAUCUAAAGCGAUGCUUUGCUUACAGCUCAAUCUUUCCAAAGAAUUAUGCUUUCAAAAAAGACCAAUUAAUCAUGUUAUGGAUGGCAGAAGGUUUCCUCCAGCAACGCAAAAGCAAAACAAUGGAAGAAGUUGGUAAUGAGUAUUUCUUCACUCUAGAAUCAAGAUCAUUAUUUCAAAAAUCUAGUGACGACAAGUCGCGUUUUAAAAUGCAUGAUCUUGUGAGUGAUUUAACAAAAUUUAUAUCUAGACAAUUUAUUUUAAGAUUGGAGGGUGAUUGUUUUCCUAAAAUUGAAAACAAUACUCGCCACUUGUCCUAUUUUUCCAAACAAAAUUUUCAUAGCUUGAAGAAGUUUGAGACCCUUCACAAGGCUAAGAGGUUGCGCACUUUCCUACAUUUAGAUAUGCGUAGUUCCAAGGCUGUGCACUUGAUCAAUAUAAAAGUAGUACAUGAUUUGUUGCCGACAUUAAGAUGCUUACGGGUGCUUUCUCUGUCAAACUAUCAGAACAUUACAGAAUUGCCAGAUUCAAUUGACGAAUUUAAAUAUCUACGUUACUUGGACCUUUCUUUCACGAGUGUUAAAAGAUUGCCCAAUUUUAUAUGUAAGUUGUGCAAUUUGCAAACAUUAAUUUUAUUAAAUUGUAUAGUGCUCUCUUCACUACCAAGAGAUGUGUGGAAACUCAUUAAUUUACGUCAUCUUGAUAUUACCGAAACUGGAAUAAAAGAAAUGCCAAUACAACUCGGUAGACAAAAAUGCCACUAUGGAAAUAGAUUUUCAGAAGGUCAAAGAAGUGUACUGGAUAGUCUCCGACCCCAUACAAACUUGAAAAGUCUCACUAUCCAAUCCUACGGUGGUAAAAGCUUUUCAGAUUGGGUAGGGCAUCCUUCAUUCUCUAAUGUAGCAUCUCUUUAUCUAGAAAGCUGUAAAUAUUGCAGUAGCUUGCCACUGCUUGGGCAACUACCCUCUCUGCAAAACCUUUCUAUUGUUGGGUUUGAUGAAGUUGUUAGAGUGGGUCAUGAAUUUUGUGGCAGCAGUUCUUCUUCAGUUAAGCCAUUUGCUGCCCUUAAAGUUCUUAGGAUGGAGGUGAUGCCAAAGUGGGAGGAAUGGGUUUCUUUUGGUGACGAAAAUGGAGGUGGAGCUUUUCCUCAACUUGAAAAGCUUUCUAUUAGGGAAUGUCCUAAGCUAUCAGGAGGGUUGCCGGUCCAUCUGUCUUCUUUAUCCAAACUUGAUAUUAUUAAUUGUCCACAGUUGGUAGCUCUACUCCCAUUGACUCCUACUAUUUGUGAAUUGGAGCUCAGCGAUUGUAAUGAGAUGUUGUUAAAGGAAUUGCCAACUAAAAUGGAGAAGCACAUAAUUAAAGGAUUUAAUGCCAUGCAGUCCUUACCGAAAGGAAUGAUAGACUCCGACGGCGAUCUUCCCUUCUCUGCAUUAAAAACCGUUGAGAUAGACCGUUGUAAGAAGUUAGAGCUCUCAACACACCUGGACUAUUCAUCCCUUGAAAACUUGUGUUUACGGGAUUGUGGUUCUCUCAAGUCCUUUCCAUUAGAUUUAUUCCCGAAGCUUUAUCACAUCGAAAUCUAUAGGUGUAAAAAUUUGGAAUCUCUUACCGUUCCAGAAAAUAAUGAACAUGAUUUAGUCACCUUGCAUAUUCAUCUCUCUCAUUGCCCUAAUUUUGUUUCUUUCCCAAAAGGAGGAUUGCGUGCCCCCAACCUUACAUCCUUAAGGAUCAGUGAUUGUGAGAAUCUGAAAUCACUUCCUGAAAAAAUGCACAUACUCCUUCUAUCUCUUGAGAGAUUGCAUAUAACAUAUUGUCCAGAAAUUGAGUUGUUUCCUGUAGGACAGUUGCUGCCUUCCAAUCUGGAAUCAAUUUACAUUACUGGUUGUGAGAAACUCAUUGUGAGUCGGAUGCAAUGGGGUUUGCAGAACCUGCCCAUUCUUAAACAUUUCUCAAUCGGUGGCAAAAAUAAAGAUUUGGAGUCUUUCCCAGAAACACAGUUGCUGCCCACUAGUCUGACCUAUCUUUUCAUCUUGGACUUUCCAAAUUUGAAAUCUUUGGACAAGAAGGGGCUUCAACACCUCAUUGCUCUUGAAGAAUUCCAUAUCUGGAACUGCCCUAAGCUCGAGUACAUGCCAGAGCAAGGGUUACCUGCCUCCCUUUCUAUUCUAGAAAUCUUCAACUGUCCUUUGUUGAAGAAAGAAUGGCGCAAGAUUGCUCACGUCGAACAUAUACAGAUUGAAUAAGCUACAAGUCUAGCAAGAUUUUUCCAAUUUCAGUACGUGCACUUUU